AUGUCCCCGGAACUUCGCGAAUUUCCUGGCCUGACAAUCUCUAGAACCUCCCCAUCCUUCAACCGAAGCCUCACAACGCCCGUCGCAGACGUCCACCACCGACUCCUAGCCGUGUUCCAGACGCCCAAUUGCGCAAUUCAGUCAAAAUGGAGCCUGUUCUCCACCAACUACCUGAUGCUCGCGACCGUUUUCUCUGCCGGCUUCGCUUGGGAGAUCGGCUUCAACAACGUCAUGGACAAGGUCUGGGAUAACCACAACCGAGGCCGACAAUGGAAGGACAUUCGACACAAGUUUAUCGAGGGUGGCGAUGAGGACGAGGAAUAA